UCAACGGAUACUGACGGAGGCUUCGAAAAUGCUUCGGCAGACGCGCGUUGAUUUCGUUGGUUUAUUCGUGUGACUCUGACUGUUUCGGACCCGACUGUAGAAGAGUCGUGGAAUCAUGUGGCCGAUGCGAUCGGAGAUGACUCGCGACGAGUGCAGGAAGUGCCUACGAUGCCUCGAAUUAGAUGCUUAUGGAAGUAUGGUUUCUGUUCUACGUGCUCAAGGUCCUUUCACCAACGAAAAACAGAAAUUAUUGCAAGAACUUGCUAAAGUAUUACAUAUCUCCAAUGAACGACACCGUGCUGAAAUACGAAGAGCUGUGAACGACGAGAAACUUGCAACAAUUGCAGAACAACUUAAUGGUCCAAAUACUGGUAUAGAUUGGACUCUUGAAGGUCGUCGAUCUAUUCCUCUUUUGCCAAGAUUGAAAGCACGAUCUGCAUUUACGACAUUAGCAAAUAGCCUGUCCCUUACCACUACGAUUGCAAACAAUAAGAAACCUGAUAGGUGUAAUAUUGUUAGACAAUCUGAAAAUUCAACAGGUUAAAUGAUAAUUAUAUAUAUAUAUAUAUAUAUAUAUAUAUGUAUAUGUAUAUAUAUAAUGAUAUAUAUUAUAUGUUUAUUUUAUUAAUCAUGUCCUUUGCAUAAUUCAUAGAAUACAAAUUUGAUCGAAAAUGAGACGAUAGAUAAUAAAGAUGUACUUGAUAAAGUUAUUGAAAAGUUCACGGAGUCCUCUCGAAAACGCAAAUCUCCUUCUCCAUUGCCGACGGCACCACCAAAUAAAGUUCUAGUAAUAUCUGAGCCAUCGAACCAUAUUUUGCGAACUUCUGAAAAUAAGCAAUCACAAGUUCUACAAGUAACCAAACAUCAAAAUUUUGCGUUAAUUAAGGUUAACGAGACCUCAGAUUCUGUGGAGAGCACAACACUAUCAGAACAUCCGAGUGAGUGCACCACAGUUUCAUUAAACAAACAUGUAGUUGUUACAACAACUUCCGUAUGCACAAAUUACGCCAACAAUCUUAAAAUGGCAGUAAGCACUGACCAGAAUAAAAUUAAUACCAAAGUAGUGCCAGCAAUAUCAAGCUGUAUAUUGAACAUAAACAAAGUGCAUUCAAGUAAAGACACACAAUCUCAAGAUAGCACAAAUGGUACACAAAAAACUCAACCUGAUAAUAUUAACUCUAUGUUAUCUGAUAAUAUUAGUUUAAAUCCAUCAACUACAAAAAGCUCUAUGACGCUUUGUGACCCAAUAAUACAAAAUUAUACUAGAAUGACAAGCGCUCGACUUACACAAUCAAUGCCUGUUUAUCCUGGAACUACAGUAUCGAGCGGUCCUGGGCCACCUCAAGUUAAACAAGUUCCCAUAACAUUAAUGUGUACGAAACUGCCAUCGGAACAAAUUGUAACCUUUGAUCAAUCCACUGCCAAAACGGGUAUUUUUCCCAAGAAAGUUAUAAAUAUGCCUCAUUAUAACACUAAAUUAAAUAAAGCUAAUGUGAUCGUUAUCCAGAAGGCAAAAUCCGUAACACUAUCACAUGCAGGCAAGGAAGUGCUAGGGAAAGUAAUAAUGGAAGGAAAGAAUCUGUGCGUUACGAGCCAACAUAAUACAAACUCGAUCAACGUUCAAUCUCAUCAUAUUUCUCUGAAUAAUGGAGAUCAAACGAAGACUAUGCUGCCAACUGUAAACUCGCCACAGAAUGCAGAAUCUGUUAAAACGAACAUAAAGUCUGGAAAAACGGUUGUGUCAGUCACGCGUUUUCGGCAUGACGUUCAGGAAAACAAAGUUCUCUCGCAGUUUUUCGAUUCACCUGCCAUUUGUAAUGUUGAGGCCAAGACUUUGAUACAGGAUAUAAAUGUGUGCUUGCCAAAGGAAGAGUGCAAUAACGAUAAAAAUAUGAUUGAUCGAGAGUCAUCUCUAAAAACAGAUUCCAUGAUUACUUCCAUAUCAGAAGAAACACAGCACAGAUCAGAUCAGAGUAACAGUAAUAAUAUCGAGCAUAGGAAAAAUAACGAUGUUAAAGCGAAUAUAAAUUCUCAGGACACGAAUCUGCUAGAAUCUUCAAAAUUGUUGGGAAACAAAGAAAUACUGGUCAGGCCAAAGCAAAUACAUGAUGAUGUUGAAGAUGAUGUUCGAAUAGAAAAAUCUGACGAAAAUAUCGAUACAUUUAAUGCGACGUUAGAAUCGACAAAUAAAAAUUUGCAGAGCUUCCAGUAUCUAGUGGAUAACGACGAGAAUAGCGAUUUAGAAAAGUCGUCGAGAUCAGUGGUGACCGUAAACCAGAUGAAUGAGCAUGACGAUUCGUAACAACUAAAGAUCUCGCGUUAUGCGUGUCGUAAUUAUAAUUACACGACGGCAAGGCUGAUACUUUCGUUUUGAAAGCGUACUGACGUAUUUAUCAUGUAUAAGUAUAUAUGCGUAUAUGUUUCUAUUUAUAUGUACACACACACACACACA